ACGGCGACACCGUCCGAUUAGGCUUUGGAAGUACAAGCUUCAACACUGCGCACUUGGGUGAUUACACCCAUAGCAUGUUCCAUGUCCGCCAGCUCAUUCGCCUGAGAUCGCGGCCCAGCGCGGCGGUCCGCCCUCUGCAAUCGACAUACCAUAGCUGUAGCGUCAAGCUGAGCUCGCCAACGCUGCAGUUCUAUGGGAGGUGCUGCUUGAUCGGCAUAGCAGUGUAUAUCGGCGCUACGCAUGGACGCAGUUGGCCCGAUUAGCAGGAUUGCGACCGCCUUGGAAGCAUAAGUAGGCCUUCCAUCCCGCUCCCCUCCGUCUCCUCCCCAGCAAGGCCACUCGCAACCACACUCGUUUGUAGUCUUCCGAUUCCAAACAUCAUUCUCUUUCUCUUCCCACUCGAACCAUCAACAUGCGCUUCCUCUUCGCCACUGCCGCUUUCUUCGCGGCUGCCGCCUUUGCCUUCCCACUCACGCAGCGCCAGUCUUCCACCACUUGCGGCAAGAAUCGGUACACCACUAAGCAAGUCAAUGCUGCUCUCAAUCAAGGCUUGAACUACUACUACGACGACGAACAAGUCGGCAGCGACGACUAUCCGCACACUUACAACAACUAUGAGGACUUUGAAUUUCCCGUCCACGGCCCUUACUUGGAGUUCCCGAUUAAGGAGACCGGCAUUUACACUGGCGGCUCCCCCGGCGCUGACCGUGUGGUGUUUAAUGAGGAUGGCGAGUACGCCGGAACGAUCACGCAUACUGGCGCCUCGGGAGACGACUUCUUGGGCUGCUCGGGCACUCAUUAGGCUUGGCUGCUGGAAGGUGAAGUUGUCAGACUGGUAACUCUUGUUGGCGGAGAUGGUAGUGAGAGGCUCUGGAGCUCGUUCGUGUAAGUGAAGGAGGUGCUAC